AUGGGAGUUACCAAGCGCGCCGGUCGCAAAAAGGAUGCGCCGCCCGCUCAGCAAGGCGGCGGCAGUAGUGGGGCACCACAAAUCCGCAAGGCAGCAUACGAGACGAGCAAGAAGAAGGAGGUUGGUGUCUCCGAUCUCACAUUGAUCAGCAAAAUCUCCAACGAAGCCAUCAACGACAACCUGAAGAAGCGAUUCGAGAAUGCCGAAAUCUACACAUAUAUUGGCCACGUGCUGGUCUCGGUCAACCCGUUCCGUGACCUGGGUAUCUAUACCGACCAGGUGCUUAGCAGCUAUCAGGGAAAGAAUCGUCUCGAGGUGCCACCUCAUGUAUUCGCCAUCGCCGAGAGCGCAUACUACAAUAUGAAGGCAUACAGCGAAAACCAAUGUGUCAUUAUCUCCGGCGAAUCCGGUGCCGGCAAGACAGAAGCCGCCAAGCGCAUCAUGCAGUACAUUGCCAAUGUAUCAGGUGGAAGCAACAGCUCGAUCCAGGAGAUCAAAGACAUGGUUCUGGCAACCAACCCGCUGCUGGAAUCCUUUGGAAACGCCAAAACGCUGCGGAACAACAACUCAUCACGGUUCGGAAAGUACUUGGAGAUUCAAUUCAACGCCCAGGGAGAGCCCGUGGGUGCAAACAUCAACAACUACCUUUUGGAGAAGAGCAGAGUGGUAGGACAGAUCAAGGACGAGCGCAACUUUCACAUCUUCUAUCAAUUCACCAAGGCUGCGAGCCAGGAGCACAGGACGAACUUUGGAGUACAGCAACCGACGACGUAUUCUUAUACAAGCAAGAGCAAGUGUUACGAUGUGGACGGUAUUGAUGACGUGGCGGAGUUCAAGGACACACUCAAUGCAAUGCGCGUGAUUGGAUUGAACCAGGCGGAGCAAGAUGAUAUCUUCCGAAUGCUUGCAGCCAUUCUCUGGAUUGRUAAUGUCUCUUUCCGAGAGGAUGAGCAGGGCAAUGCGGCGGUGGUCGAUCAGUCUGUGAUUGAUUUUGUUGCCUACCUGCUGGAAGUGGACAAUGCACACGUCAACAAGGCACUGACUACACGCAUCAUCGAGACGAGCAGAGGAGGGCGACGAGGCUCUGUUUAUGAUUCGCCCAUGAACAUCGCACAGGCGACCUCGGUACGGGAUGCGCUCAGCAAGGCGAUAUACUUCAACAUGUUCGACUGGAUUGUACAGCGUGUGAACCAGGCGUUGAAAGCUAGGGGUGCCCUGUCCCACAGUAUCGGUAUUCUCGAUAUUUACGGAUUUGAGAUCUUUGAGCGCAACUCCUUUGAGCAGCUGUGCAUCAACUACGUCAACGAGAAGCUGCAACAGAUCUUCAUCCAACUGACACUAAAGACCGAGCAGGAGGAGUAUGCUAGGGAGCAGAUCCAAUGGACACCGAUCAAGUACUUUGACAAUAAGGUGGUUUGCGAGCUGAUUGAGGAGAAGCGGCCACCAGGGGUGUUCGCCGCGCUGAACGAUGCAUGCGCGACUGCCCACGCCGACCCAACAGCGGCAGAUCAGACUUUUGUUCAAAGACUCAAUGCACUCUCUGGAAACCCCAACUUUGCGCCCAGGCAAGGCCAAUUCGUUAUCAAGCAUUAUGCCGGUGAUGUGAGCUACGCGGUAGAAGGCAUGACCGACAAGAACAAGGACAACCUGCUGAAGGAUCUGUUAAAUCUGGUCGGGCAGAGUUCCAACAACUUCGUCCACACCAUCUUCCCUGACCAGGUCGAUCAAGAUAAUCGACGAAAGCCACCAACCGCCGGCGACAAGAUCAAGGCCUCUGCGAACGAUCUUGUAGCGACUUUGAUGAAGUGCACCCCGAGCUAUAUCCGAACCAUCAAGCCCAACGAGAACAAGAGUCCGACGGAAUACAACUCCCCAAAUGUCAUGCAUCAAGUCAAGUACCUGGGUCUGCAAGAAAACGUGCGCAUCCGGAGAGCAGGCUUCGCAUAUCGACAGACAUACGAGAAGUUUGUGGAGAGAUUUUACCUGCUAUCGCCGAAGUGCAGCUACGCGGGUGAAUACACAUGGACAGGCGAUGCGAAAUCUGGUGUGAAACAGAUUCUCAAAGACACGUCCAUCCCAGCCGAGGAAUGGCAGAUGGGUGUCACAAAAGCCUUCAUCAAAACCCCAGAGACUUUGUUCGCACUGGAAACGAUGCGAGAUCGAUACUGGCACAACAUGGCGAUUCGUAUUCAACGAGCGUGGCGCAACUAUCUCAGAUACCGAGCUGAAUGCGCUACGAGAAUCCAGCGAUUUUGGAGGAAGAAGAGUGGUGGCCAAGAGUUUCUUCAAUUGCGCGACGAUGGUCACAAACUCUUGCAAGGCCGCAAGGAGCGAAGACGGUAUUCACUUGUUGGAUAUCGUAGGUUCAUGGGAGACUAUCUUGGCAUUGACAACCAGGGUGGUGCAGGUGAAUUAAUGCGCAGCCGCGCCGGUCUCGGAUCUGGAGAGAAGACAUACUUUUCGUGUCGAUGCGAGCUUUUGGUAUCCAAACUGGGUCGAUCGAGCAAGCCCGAGCCGCGCUUCUUGGUGCUCACAACCAAGGCGGUCUACAUCAUCAAGCAGGCCAUGGYGAACAAGCAGUUGUCGAUUCUGGCCGAGCGAACAAUACCCGUCGGAGCGAUCAAAUUCGUAAGCGCGAGUACGUUGAAAGACGAUUGGUUUGCUCUUGGCGUGGGUAGUCCACAAGAACCAGAUCCACUGGUUAAUUGCAUCUUCAAAACCGAGUUCUUCACUCAGCUUCGUGUAGUCACACGUGGAUCGACACAAAUUCAGAUUGCGGAGACUGUGCAGUUCAACAAGAAACCUGGCAAGCCUGCUACAAUUAAAGUCAUCAAAGACCCGCAAGUUCCCCGAGAUGACCUCUACAAGAGUGGUGCGAUCCACACUGGACCGGGAGAGCCUCCAAACUCUGUGAGCAGACCAACGCCCAAAGGUAAGAGUGUGCCUGGCAAGGCAAUUACGAGCGGCAAGCUCCUCAAGAAGAGCACUGGCGGCAAGCUCUCUCAACAAGCAGCACAAAAACAGGGUCGACCAGUCCCGCAAGCCAUGCCUUUGCCCGGCACAGCAAACGCGCGACCGGCAGAAAGAAUCAUGCCACAAUUCCCACAACAAGCGCAACCCCAAGCACGUGUCGUGCCACAGCCGAACGGUCAUGCGAGAAAUGCAUCCGCAGCGUCUGCUCGCGCUGUGCCCCCUCCUCCUCCACCUCCUGCCGCUGCCCCUCCAUCCAAAGACCCUCACUUCAAGGCACUGUAUGAUUUCCAAGGCCAGACGAGUGGAGAGCUCAGUCUUCGAAAGGACGAAGUUAUCAUCAUCACCCAAAAGGAAAGCAAUGGAUGGUGGCUUGCCAAAAGAAUGGACUCGUCGGCGUCUGGAUGGGCACCCGCGGCCUAUCUGGAAGAAGUCAAGGCCGCGGCUCCUCCCCCUCCUCCACCUAUUGCAGCGAGACCACCUCCUCCACCAGCACCUGCUGUCUCUGCCGCUACCGCUGCUGCCAAGGGAAAGGUCCCACCUGCGCCACCCAGCAAGCGACCUGCAGGGAGGAAAGCUGCUCCAGCUGCGCCUGGAACACCGAGAGAUAGCGGAUACGGUACUAAUGGAAGCGGUGAUAGUAGAGCGUCUACACCUAAUGGUGGUGGCGGAGGUUUAGCUGGAGGAUUGGCCGCUGCAUUAAAGGCAAGGCAGCAGGCAAUGAAUGGGAAACAGGAUGAUGGAUGGUAG